UGUUAGUAGAAGAAUCUGGAUAUACAAAAACUUAACUUCAUUAUGCAGUGCAAGAAUAAACGUGAAUAUAUCUAAUUUCAUUUCUACCCGUUAGCCAAUACAACCAGCUCCUCUAGAGUGUAUUUGUGCCACCUUUAUCACAAUAUAAAUAUACUCUAGCCACGUGAUCAAACAAUUUAUUAUUUAGUUGUUGGCCUAUUGGUUAUUUCUUAAUUAUGGUGUCUCAUUGUUACUUUACUUUAUUUUAUUUAUAUGCAAUAACUCAGUUUGUUCAGUUAAAAUAUUAACUUUUGCGUAAAAGCAGUUACCAUUUUAAAGGUAUUGAAACAUUGAAGUUAAUGUGAAACAAUCAUGUCGGAUAAGUAUGAUAAACUUUAUGAGAAAAUUGUUGAAUGCAUUAAAAAGCCUUCAAGUGAAAGGUUAACUGAAGAAAUUGAAGAAAUCUAUCCAUGGUUUAUUGCAAAAGUGAAAUUCUUCUCCAAUCUUAAACCUGAAAUUGUCAAGGAUAUCAUAAAGAAUUGUGAAUUCGCUGAACGUGAAACAGACGAGAUAAUUAUACGUCAGUUUGAACAAGGCGACUGUUUUUAUGUAGUUCUAAGUGGUCAAGUAUCAGUCUAUGUAAAUACAGAAUCUGUGCAUGAUGAUCAAGAGACUAUUCAUCAACAAGAUGAUUCAACAGUUGGAUCCAAACAUCCUAUGGAGCGGAAAGUAAUUAAUCGAGAAAAAUGUGGAAAUUAUAUCAUGAGUUUAGGAAAUGGUACUAGCUUUGGAGAAUUAGCUUUAAUCAAUAAGGAUUGCAUAAGAAAUGCAACAAUUAUCUCUGAUUGUACAACUCAUUUAGUUGUUGUCAAUAGAAUGACAUAUAAUCGUUCAUUGAAAGAAGUACAUGAAGCUGAUUUUAAAAAACGUAUUGAUUUUGUUAAUAAGUGUUCAAUAUUCAAUGGAUGGAUACAAAGCUUGAAAAAACAAGCAGCAAUGUCUUUAGUCCAAACAGAUUUUCAAUUCGAAGCAGAUCUUAUACGUCAGGGUGAACCAUUAAAUGGGUUAUUAUUUAUACUUACAGGACAAGCUCAGAUAUUUGUUGAUGUUCUUAAACAUCCCAAACAAUACCCUAGUUUGAAACUUGCAACAGAUCCAUCCAAUUUCCAACCAACGGAUGAGCAUAAAUUGAUACAUACAGAAAGUCCAAAUUAUCCAAUUCGACGUAUGGGAUAUGUUAUCAAUGAGCAUCGAAAUGCUCUUCGAAGGAUUGAGCUAUCUUUAGUUGGACCUGGUACCAUACUUGGUGAAUUUGAAUAUGGUUUCGAUUUAAAGACCUAUAUGCAAACUGCUAUCUGUACAGAAUCAAUUACAGCUUAUGUGUUAAGCAGUAGAAAUUUUGACCGCUUAAUUCAAAGUCGUCGUAAUCCGGAUGGUUUAAAGAAAAUUAAAAUGAUGGCUGAAAGAAAUUUAAUGCUUCGUAUAAAACGACAAAUUGAUUCGAAAAUUCCCUUAUUUAUCUGUUUAGCUCAAGAUAUUAUGGAAAGAAAUCUACUAUUACAAGAAGAACAACGUGAUAAAGUUUUGUUCAGCAAGAGUAAAAUAAAUCAACAGCAAAGACCAAACGACAAAAUCAAAUCUCAACUGAAACAAGAAGAACUGGAAUCCAAAACAAGACGUCAAAAGAUAAGCAAACUGCAAAAAGAUAUGUUAACAUUAAGGUCAGCAAAAUAUUCAGAUAAUCAAGAGGAAGAAGAGAUAAUGAACAACAGACGCAAUCCUCUCAAAAAACGCAUAACUUCAACGUACUCUAGAACUGAGACAAUAUCUUCAAAAGACAGCACAAGAUUCACCAAGUCAGAGGCAGACACAGCGAAUUUUACCUCAGGAAAUGAAAGAUCAACAAACUUUUGCUUAUAUGAUUGGGAAACAUGUUCUGAAAAUAUCAGCCAAAUAGAGCGUAAAUUGAGAAGAUGGCAUUACGGAGUCGAUAUGUUGUAUGAAGGCAAAACAUCUGUUACAAAUCGAAUAAGUUCUCUUAAAAGUUGUGAAGAAAUAAAUACGUCUAAACACCUAAUACCUGGUAAACAAAUCUUGAUCAAAACACCUAACAUGAAUACUUUGAGUACAAGAAAACCAUCAGAAGUUGAUCAAAUUCCCACGGAAGACACAACGAAUGAUAUUUGUAAAUCUGUUCGAUUUGAAAGUAACAAACGUAAAAAUGACGUAAACGAGGUACUCUCAAGUCAGAAUGAUGAAGUGAAAAAUAAUGAACAAAGCAUACAAAUGGAAAUGUCUAUUCAAGACAACUGUGAUGAUACUACUAAUGAAGAGCAUCAGUUAAAUGAUGACGCUAAAGACAACGACAAGACUGUUCUAAAUGCUAGUCAAAAACUUGAAAAAAUGACAAAUGAAUUGAAGUUAAUACUUGGUAGAAUACGUCCAGUUUCAUCGAGUUACGGUUAUGUUUUGACCAGCAGAUCUACCAUUGCAUCAAGAAAUGCUAAAUCUGCCAGAAUGGAUGAAAAUAAAGGCGAUGAAACCCGAAGAAGUACAGUGGGUACUUUAAGUGGUAAGCGUACCAUCAAUAGUUAUACAACUCCAAAAGAAUAUCGUGAACUACGUGAACAGUUACGUCGACAAGAAAAUGAAAUGUCUCGUCUUCGUGUAUCACUUGUUAUAUAAAACAGAGAUUAAAUACAGAAAGACAACAUUAUUUAUCUACCUCUUUUUAUCUAUCCAACAUUCUGAAAUUUCAGAAAAUAUGAACUUUUAAUAGGCGAUUGUUAUGUGUUUCUUUUUUAUUUAUUACAAACAUUAUGUUAACAUUUUUUUAUUUUCAGUUGACUAACCGGUAAGGUAGUAAG